AUGCCGCCAAGCGUUAAUCUUACCAAGUUUUGGUCCAAGUUUGGCCCUGAAUUUGGCCGUACUACGCGCCAACUAUCACCUUAUGAGUUGCAUCCAGUGCGCAGCCUUAUCACGACGCUUCCCUACAAGACAAUCCGCAAGAUUAAGGAGAAUGGUCUGGUGCUCAUUCCGACCGCAGUUCUGUUGGUGGGCACUGUCAAGUGGGGUAUUAAAGCAAAUGAUGAAGAGCACCGUACGCAUUGGAGCUAA